CCCUUUCCACCCUUUCGCUCGGACACAACUACGUGACUUUUCGAAAUAAGAUGGUCUGCUUGACAAUAGUGCAUGGACUUACAACAAUAAACAGACGAUAACACCAACCAUUCUCUGAAGAAUUCGAUUAAUUAAUCUCAAAACGGGCUCGAACGUGUAUUCUUAAAAGUAUUAAUUGAUUAUUUCACGAGGCCUCAAAAAAGAAUUUCAUAUCUCUAGAAAGGAAUAGCAAAAAAUAUUUUUCAUUUAAUAUUCUCCUAAAAAUCGAAAAAUCUUCAAAAAUUUUGAAAACUUGAAAAAAUAAUGUGUUUAUAUAAACUUCGUAGUUGCCCUGAGAUACGAACUAUUCAAAGGUUAUGUUCCUCUUAUUCCAUAUUCCUUUUGCAUAUGUCUAUUUCACGGGUCUAUUCCAAAUUCCUCAUUCCUAUUCCGCUAUUCUCCUUGGUCUUUGCCUUCGUUUCGCAAAAAUGGAUCAGUUGAAUGAAUAAAAAAAGAAAAAUAUUGGAGUGUUUCAAAAAUUCGUGGAUGUUUAUCAAAUAUUUUUGUGGUUAUUUCACACGAACUGGAAUGUAUAUUGAUCGUUGUUUGAAUUCAAAAUAUUUUAAUCGGAUUCGUCAUUCAUCAUGCAUAUCAUUGUGUGAACACGAGCCGUAAGAUAAAAGCCACGAUAUAUUUUUUGUCACCUGGGAGUGAUCACGAAGUCACGAAUGAUUGUCGUAUUCUGCGAUGAUAACAUUUUUUGAUCGACGAUAAAAUCAACAUUUUAUAUGGAAAUGAACGUCUCGCACACUUUUGAUGAGUUCACCGAAAGUAAACAACAGGUCCUGGGUUUUCCAGGGCCCCUGAUAUUCAUAGAAACCAAAACUAUGUGAAUAUUCGAAAAUUGUACUUCUAUUCAAUAAUAUAUAACCAAAGUGAGGUUCCAAAAUGUUGUGGAACAAAGAAAGCGCUCGAAAACCACAUGGUGAAACCAAAGAAAUAAAUUCUCAUUUCAAAAAAAUCAUGCCUUACUGGAUAUUUGCUGCUUUAAGAGUCAUUUUGACAAUUCUACCUCAAACUGGAUACAUUCAUCCUGACGAAUACUUUCAGUCUAUCGAAGUUAUUGCGGGUGAUCAUUUUGACAUCGACGUUUAUAAGCCAUGGGAAUUCAACGUUACCUUCCCUGUUCGCACAGCUUUGAUACCGCAACUGACAGUCGGGAUUCCAUUUUCCAUCAUCAAUAUUUUAUCACCCUAUUAUAGUUAUUUCUUUGGCAAAUUUCUCAAAACUCCCCAUGUUCUUAUUAUAGUUCCACGAUUAAUGAUGUGCUGCCUCAGUUUUCUAUCAGAUUAUUCUUUAUACAAAAUUUGUUGUCUAUACAGUCAGAACUAUAGAGUCCGUUUAAUCACUUAUGCCAGUUCUUAUGUCAUGAUUGUUUAUGCUACAAGAACAUUCUCGAAUACCAUCGAAUUAAUACUCACUUCUCUGCUACUCUACUAUGUAUGCAAGUGCAUGGCGUACUCUGAAAAGGUUGUUUUACAAAGCGAUUAUUUUGCUCAACGUUAUGACAGAGCAGAAACAAUUGGAGAACGUGUGAAAUAUUACAAAUUACGUGCUUCAUUGCCAUCUCACUCGCUCAAUCAUUGCUUAAUUUUAGCAACAAUAACUGUGUUGGGUAUUUUCAAUCGCCCAACCUUUCUCGUUUUUGCAUUCCCACCAAUAUUCUUCUGGUUGCAGCGUGGUUUGGGAUCGAGAAGCGUGGGUUUGCUCGAUUUUCACAUACGAAUUUUUACCUUCAUCUUAUGUGGAAUACCAACCGCUCUUUUUCUCAUUCUAACCGAUAGUUUUUACUUCGGUUAUUUGACAGUCGGUGAAAUUUGGAAUUUGAAAAUUAGUAUGAACAACUUUGUCGUUACACCUGUUAACUUUCUCAAGUACAAUUUAAACGAUAAGAAUCUCGAAAACCAUGGUAUACAUCCUAGAUUCGUACAUUUCCUCGUAAAUGUUCCUCUGCUGUACAACGUUUUAGGAUUUAUUGGCAUUUGCACUUUUGGGAGAAUGGUUUACAGUGGUAUCAGAGGACGUUGGUUGGAACUACCUCGCAUUCAGAGUAUCGAGGGUUUAAUGACCGCAUCAUUCAUCGUCCCAAUAGCGGCAUUAUCGUUGAUUCCGCAUCAAGAGCCAAGAUUUAUAAUACCUGCACUCCUGCCAUUAGUUUUUCUCCACGCUCAUACGCUGGGAAGUGGAUCAAAGAAGUCAGCGGUGAUUUACUCGAAAAGCAAUAUCAACAAUGGCAAUAAUUCUUCAAAUCACAUAUCGAAUCGAAAGAAGGAUAAAUUGACAAAGUUACAGUAUUGGUGGAUGAUCUUCAACUCGUUGUUGACGAUAUUUUAUGGAUUUGCUCAUCAGGGUGGAAUUUUGCCACUCGCGUCGCAUCUCUCCAAAGAAUUGAGAGCGAAACCGCAUUUGACUCAUGUACACCUUUUUACUUCGUACACUUAUUCAUUGCCAACGGGACUUCUGCAACUGCGAAAUACGAGAAGAAUAUACAAGAGUAGCGAAGGUCACAAGUAUCGUUUGAAUCAAGAUUUUUAUCUUUAUGAAGAAGGCAACAAAGGCAUAACCGAAGUUUACGAAGAUAUAGCAUCAAAGUUGGAAGAGUGUGAGAAUAAUUGGAUUACAAAAAGAAUCCCGUACCGUCUUUACUACGCUUUGCCCUUUAGUUUUAUCGACGAAUUUGAGGGCUAUACUUUGUUGAAUAACUCACGAUCAUUCCAAUAUCGGAGAAUCGAAGCUUUUUAUCCUCAUGUGACCAUCGAAAAGUUACCAGCGCUCGAAAAAUUCUCAAAUUGCUUUUUAGAAGCAAAUCUCGAAAAGUGCUUCACCAAUUUCGCCGAAAAUAUAUCCAGCAAUAUUUACCAAUUUUUUCAUAGCUUUGGACUAUUAUUGUUAAGGAUAGAAGUCGUACAACCUGAAAAACUUAUUUCAUAGCGUAGGUAGGGGGAAAAAAUGUCGCUAAAUUGAGAUCAACGUAGCCUUUCGAAAAUUUAGCCUCUAUCGCAGAUCGCAAAAUUGUAAUAAUACGCGCGAGAGGAAGAAAGUAAGUUGAUGCUUGGUGACAAAUGUUGGCCGUCCACUUAACGGAAAUACUUUGACGAACCGCUUGAGCAAUCAUUUCGUAUCUGAUAUAUUUGAUAAAAAAAAAAGAAUUUAUUCAUUAUUCCGAGGACUUGGAUACGCCCAGAGAUGCCAACAAAACAGUUCGCUUCAACAAUUCCUUAAGUAUGAGUAAGAAUUUUAUUUUCAUCACCGUUCGUAACGGUUGUAAGAAAAUACAAAUUCCAAAAUUGACAAAAACUUGUCUACCGGAGGCAAUUAUUCACAUCUUCAGAAUUGCUCAAAAACAAUUUUCUAGCGAUGAUAUGAACCUCUGCACCAAGUUUCAUCCAAUCGGUCAUUCAUCUUUCGCGAUUGAUGGAUACUGUUUCCAAAAACACCAUUGUCAGAACCAUGCACUCGAUAAAAACUUUUUUACUUGAAAAAUGCUUCGAUUUCGGGGCCAUUAUUGGAUGUAGGAUAAAUAUAGUUUUGAAAAAUUGAUUUUCGUGGCACCCCUAGGCGUAUUAAGCCCUUAAUCGUAGUAUGUACGUAAUUGAUAACUAGAUGUAAAAUAUUCAAAUACAAAUUCAUUUUUGUAUAUAUAUAAAGUAAGACUGAGAUCUCUAUUGACACCAAAAAUACACUGGGAAAAGAAAUUAUUGAAAAA